UUAUUAGCUUGGAAACUUGACAUUAACUAACGACGAUUUUGUUUUGACUAAUCUACUUACUUGGUUAGGCCUACACAUAGCCUAUACAAUCGUUCUCGUUGAAUAAUUUGUAUAGUAACUUGCCUUUCUCUAACCUCUCUAACCUAAAGUUUUAUGAUUAUUCGCCAAUUUCCGGCUUUUAGCUCAUUAUUUAAAAGAUCCUUUAAAAUGCCUCAAGCAAUUGAUCUUAGUUCAUUGGAAGAUAAUGUAAAAACAGGCGAGAACAUCAUCAAUGGGUUAAAAGAAGAGAUAAAGAGUUUGAUGUCAGCCAUAAACAAGAAGCAAGAAGACAGCAAGAUAAAGUUCAUCCGAGAAGAAAACAAAAAACUUCAAAGUGAAAUCAACAUUGUUAAAAGGGAGUUAAUUAGGCUUCAGGUUGCUAAUGGGGUUCCUCAGAUUCCGAUUCCAGGGGAGGACGGGGGAGCAAUCAGUGAGUCAGAACCAGGAAUACGAUCAUCCGAGAUGAAGGAAUACUCCUUUAGUUCUUCUCUGGCUGUAGAUUCUAGUGAAUCUAAGAAAGUGGAAAGUAGUGAAAACGCAAGUAAUGAAACUAAGCCGGCUAAAGCAGCAAAAGUGAAAAAGCCUGCUGCCCCUGCUGUUAGUGAUGGUCCGGUGGAUGUCAGUCGUCUAGAUAUCAGGGUUGGUAAGAUACUGCACGCCCAGGUACAUCCUGAUGCUGAUGGUCUCUACAUAGAGCAGAUUGAUGUCGGUGAUGAGAUAUCUCGCACUGUUGUGAGCGGACUUGUGAAGCAUGUUCCACUGAACGAGCUAGACCAGCGGAUGGUGGUGGUGUUGUGUAACUUGAAGCCUCAGAAGAUGCGAGGCAUCGUGUCCGAGGCAAUGGUUCUCUGCGCCAGCACGCCACAGACAGUGGAACUACUCAUUCCUCCCGCAGACGCUAAAGCAGGUGACAACAUCACUGUGCCUGGUUACCCCCGCAACCCGGAUCUUCCGUUCAUGAACCCCAAGAAGAAGAUUUUUGAAAAAGUCGCAGAAGAUUUGAAAGUUAACAGCAACAAGCAGGCUUGCUACAAGGAGGUGCCUUGGGAAGUGGAAGGCAAAGGAGGAUACAUAACAGUACAGGCAAUGUCUGGUUGCCACAUUAAAUAACCUUUAUGUAAAUAUAGAAUUGUUAUUUACAAUG